CCAUCCUCACUGGACGCUGUCGCUUUUUGCAGCUGCUGCUCGGGGGUCCUUGAAAAGCAGAGAAAGAUGGUCACUUCUCUCUGGCCAUGAUGACUUUACCAUCCUCGUCUCCCUCUUAGAAUGCAGCAGUCCCCGUCGCUCUCUCCUUGACGGGGUGAUAGGACGGACUCAUGGCUCAGCAGGAAGGCGGGUGGCCUCUGGGGCUGCGGCCGUUGAAUGCGAGAGUUGGGGUUGUGAGGAAUCGUGGGUACUCCGGAUCUGCCUCUUUAAGCACUCUCCUCACCGGCUCUCCCAGUUCCAUCCCCGACACUUCUUCGGAUCUUGAUACAGAAUCAACUGGGUCUUUCUUCCAUGACAAAAGUGUUACACUUGGAAGCCUAAUAGGUGCUUCUAGCAUCCUAGAACUUCCGAGACGGUCGGCGAGGAUCAGAAUUGCUGAAAGUUGUAGAGAUAAAAGGAGUUACAAGUCCAAAUCCUGGUUCUUCUCUCUCUGCUCGAAACUUAACACAGAUGCCGUGACCAUCAAUGGUGCUCAAUCCCUUGGUUACUUUCUAGAAGCAGAAAGAAGAGCCACCAGCGGUUACAGAAGGAAUCGCAACCUGGCACUUUGCCGGCCCAGUUACCUCACACAAGAUCCUCCUGCUUCAGAUUCAAGAGCGCUGUGUGUUGGCGGACAAGUGGCUACUAACUCAGCCAUUCCCACGGGUGCAGACGGGAAGAGGAAUCCUCGAAAGGUACAGGUAGAUGAUUUGAAUGCUUAUGGAGUUCCCUUAUUCUUUUCAUGUUUGAGAGGACAGAUCAUUGGAUGAUGGCAUGAAAUAGCAUUUUUAUCGAUUGGUAACAGUCUAACAGUUGCUUCGAGCAUUUGGGACUCACUGAUAGAAAAAGUUCAAUUGCGUCAUUUUGAAGUCGAUUUCAUCUAUUUCUAUCUUUAUUCGCUGAGCAGACACUUAAGGAAA